AUGGCGAACCGCGACAAAGGACGCAGAAAGUGGGGAGGAUUUUUACAAGAUAAUUCAAAAUUAGAAAAGGAUAGAUCGAUGGGAAUGCGUGGUGGAGCAAAUAGAGCAUCUCAAGCUUUAUAUAGGCCAGGAAGUGGACCUCUUCGAAAAUCGGGAAGAUCUACAGAUGAUUUAGAUAAUGAAAAUAUUUCACAGGAGAAACCUAAGUCAAGCUCCGUCCAACAUCGAUUAAAGCAGUCACAACUCAAUAGAUCCAACCAAAUGCAAAAUAGUCCACCAUCAUCUCAAGUUGAAAAUGUAACAGACAAGCUAAAUGAUCUAAAUAUUAACUACAGAAGCAUUACAAAUAUUGAACAGGCACAAGGUUCUUCUCAGAAUAGUAAUUUUGGAGAUUCAAGAAGAAAAUCUAAGAAACCAGAGCAACAAUUGUAUGUACCUAAAAAAGUAAAAGAAGCAUUGGCUGAACAGGAUGUAACAAAUAGAUCUCCCAAUCAAGGGGGUUGGGAACGGGAUCAAGAGAGAGAGCAUAGUGAAGAUCGUGAUUCUCAUUCCAAUCGUAGUCAUAAAAGCGAUAGUCACCGUAAUCGAGCAGCUGGCCAUGGUAGAAAAGAAAGUGAAAGUGGAAGUAAAAAUCGCGAUGAACAUGGUAAAAGAUAUUCGGGUAAUCGCAGAACUCGUAACAGUAAUGAAAAUGAAGAACGUUGGCGAUCUGAUUCUCCUUUAUCCAGCAGAAGUUACGGAAAUAGAAAAGAUAAUUCUCGUGAAGUUAGACAGGGUUCAGAACCUCUUUUUGUAACAACGAAUCAUUUAAAUGAUUUUAAUCGCACCAGAGAUACACGUAGUGUAGAACCUGCUGGAUAUCCAGAAAAAUUUCAAGGCAAACCACCAUCAGGCAAAUGGGGUGGUACAAAAGAUAGUUUGCCAAAAAAUAUAAAAAUAGAACAUUUACCACCCAGGUUACAGAAAAAAUAUCUUUUAGAUAAUGGUCUGCCUUUACCACCAAGUUCAUCACCUUCAGAAGAUACAUGGAGUAGUAGUAAUGUCUCAUUUCAGGCAUCAUCAAAUUAUAAUUUCCCACCUGCAAUGCAACAUUCACAAACGAUGCAAAGCUUACCUCCAUCUGGUCCAUUACCUCCACAAUCUAAUUGGUCUAAUACGGCACCAUCACGGUCUAGGGGUAGAGGUAGACUCAGACAGGAUGAAUUAGAAAGUUCAGCAAAUGUUUUUAGGUGUGUAACACCUGAUCAGUAUUCAGCUCCAAGUUCCAGAUCUCAUACACCAAGCCAAGAAUAUAUGCAAAGGUCUUAUGAUCGCCGUGGCAGUAAUAGUACUAUGUAUACUAGUAUGGAAAGUUUAAGUCGAGUAGAUAGUUCAGUGAUACCACCAUCAUCAACAUCGCCUGUUACUUCAGUGUCUAGUAUGAACAAACGUCAAACAUCACCUGAAAGUCAUCGUCGAGGAAUAUCUCCGCCCGUACCGUCUCAUCGCACUCAAAUGCAACGUGCAAGUACUACAUCUGAGCGUGAUAUAGUACAAGAAACGAAGAAUGGUCAACAAAAUUCAGGUGUCAGCCCAUCAAAAACUGAAUCUGUGAAUACUGCAUUACAUACAAAUACAUCGAUUGAACAUCCAUUUGAUUGGAGUGAAGAAGUUGAGUUAAACGAAAAAUUAGAAGCCGAACGUGCAAGUCGUAGUUCAUCUGUACUAAGUUUACGUGAAAAUGUUAAUGUGUCAGGAAAUGAAACUACAAGUAGUCAUAGUCGGCGUAAAAAAAAAAAGCGUGAGAAGAAAUAUGCAGCAGAUCGAGGAAGGAGUAACAGCAGAGAUAAAGUCCGUGUUAAUAGCCGUGAUCGUCAAAAUAAUCAACAAAAUAGAGAAAAUGAUAAUUAUAAUAAUAAUCAAAAAAACAGUAACAAUAGGAGGUAUGAUCACAGAAGACAUCGCAAUAUUAUACAACGUAGCCGAGAAUCUAGCAAAGAUAGAAAUUAUCGCGGUGGUAAUCGGAAUUUUGACGACCUUCAUAGACAUAGAUUGUCUGACCGAUAUUUAGAUGAAAAUUGGAGAACAGGCAGAAAAAUGUCAGCUUGUGAUUCUGACGAUGGACGACAAACACCUAGUGUUUCCUCUCAUUCUGUCUCGUUAGCAAAUACUUUGACCACACAUCAAACAUCACCCAGUGGAUAUACUAGUUCUCAACCACCGGGUGUUUUAGUAUUACCUGAUACUAGCCAGUCUCCGCCUAGUCAUCCAAUCUCGAGACAACAAGGAGUACAGCAGCAAAGAACGUUAUUUGAUCCCAAUAAUCCUAACAAACCUAUCGUUAUUACUUCACCCAGUAGUAGAGCGGCAGUACAAAGAGAAAAUGAGACGACAUCUCAAGGUUCAAGUAUACCAGUGUUUCAAUCCCAUGGAGGUAUUACUUCUACCCAUCACUGCUUCCAGGGAACACACUUAGAUGGUGUACCACCACCAUAUAUGACAAAUGACCAAUUUGGAAACAUAUUUAAUUAAUAAUAUAAUAUUAAUAAUAAGUUAUAAUAUUAUUGCAGUUUCCGAAUAGCCAAAAAUCCUUACUUACUCUUGGAUAUAGAACGUGCUGAUUUAGAAUUGCAAUGGAUUCUAAGUUCUGGUGGUUUUACAUCAAACUGGGAGAGGGUUUUAUACAUAAGACACUUUCUACAAGAAAGUUUGAAAACUUUGCUCGAGACUGAUAUUAAAUUUUGUCAAGCUGAGAAUGUUGAACAACACUUUUGGAAAAUACUUUUUUAUAAUAUGAUUGAAAUGCUGCGAAAAGGCAUGCCUAAGGAAAGUUCAGAAAGACGAGAACAUUAUAAGAAAAUUAUGUUAAAAAUUAUAGACGAUGGUACGAUAUAUUUGGAGAGUUUGUUAACUGUCCUCGAAACUAAAUACGAAUUUAAAUUGGAUACGUUUCUUGCAUCGUCAACUUUACCUAAGGGCCUUGGGAUCUUAGGGUUAGCUUUAGUAAGCGCGCAAAAAAUAUAUCUAUUUUUGGGUGACUUGGCGAGAUAUAGAGAACAGGCAACUGAAACAAAUAAUUAUGGAAAGUCUCGGCAGUGGUAUUUGAAAGCACAACAACUUAAUCCAAAGAAUGGAAAGCCUUACAAUCAGCUUGCGUUAUUAGCACAUUAUGCUAGACGAAAAUUAGAUGCGGUGUAUUAUUAUAUGCGAUCCCUUAUGGCGUCUAAUCCUUUCCAUUCUGCAAGGGAGAGUUUAAUAGCACUUUUUGAUGAAAACAGGAAAAAGUAUCUACAUUAUUACGAAUCGACGGAACGGAAACGGAAAGAGGAGAGAGAAUGGAAAGAACGGGCCAGGAUGAAAGAGAAGGAAGGAGCAAAUAGCAUUGGUGGUGGACUAAGGAGAGAAAUUUGGAUUCAUCCUGGUGGAAGACGAGUUCGUCGUACAACUACUGCAGCCACUGCCAACGAAGCAAGAUUAUCUCAUAGUGACCUAGAAGAAUUGGCACAAUUAAGUAGCGUCGAGGUGAAUAAACGAUUCGUCACAUCUUACCUGCAUGUUCAUGGAAAACUGUUCAACAAAAUAGGAAUGGAAACGUUCCAAGAAGCCGGCGUGCAAAUGUUGAAAGAGUUCAGGGCGCUUCUUCAGCAUUCUCCGCUGCCACUUCCGGGGACGCGACUUCUUCAACUGCUGGCGCUGAACAUGUUCGCGAUCGAGUCGACGCAGCUGAAAGAUUCCCAAAUGGAGCAAGGGUACCGGUCCGAGGUCCAAGAAAGGGCACUGGUCGUAUCCUUGCAGAUGUUCAAUCUGAUUUUAGAACGUGGCGUGUCCUUGCUCAAGUCUCAGUUGGACAGCGGCGAGGAGCCGAGGAUGGUUGUUAGCGAGGACAUGCAAGUCCUUUUACCAGCUAUCAAGAUCUGGUGCGAUUGGAUGCUUUGUCACAGCACCGUCUGGAAUCCGCCGCCAUCUUGCACGGAUUACAGAGUUGGACCGCCCGGUGACGCCUGGAGCAGGCUGGCCACGAUGGUGAACCUGCUGGAAAAAUUGAAUUACACCAGAACGAUUCUUAUCCAGGCCAAGGACGCAGAGGGUCGAGAAGACGAGCUUGAACUGGUGAAGCUGCCGGAAGAUAUGACUUUGGCAGGAUUCACGCCGUUGAUGUCGAAUCCUCAGGAUCCUUGUUAUGCCGAGAAAAACGAAGACAUGGAAGUCGCUCAAGUGUGCCUCAGGAUAAACAAGAUUCUGUUCUUCGGCCAAGUGUUCCUGUGCGGCCUCGAGACGCCUGUAUUGAAGUUGCAGAAGAGCGAGACUGGCGUCAGCGAGUACGUCUCCGUGGUGGAGACCUCGAGCACGAGUACACCGAGUUCACCACCGGAACAGAGCGACUCCGAGCUUCUAGUGGAAAGUUACAGCGAGGGUGAGGAUGAGCCUGUUUCCACCCUGAGGAGAUUACCCUCGUGCACAGACGUACCUGACGAUAGCAACGUGCCCGUGGCCACGGUCGAGAUAAGGUCGCUGAUCGAGAGAAAAGAGGAGCUGGAGAGGCGGCAGCGGAAGCAGGAUCGUCAUCGGCAGCGAGUGCAGCAAAUCUUGCAAAAAUCGUCAGUCUCCGUGGAGAUUGAAGUGAGGCCCAGGCAACUGGUCCCAGAUACCAACUGUUUCAUCGACUACCUGCCGCAAUUGCAGAACAUCUCGAAGGCGAUUUCCGGGGCACAGCCAAUCUACACGCUCAUGGUGCCGCUUGUAGUUCUGAACGAGUUGGAGGGCCUGGCAAGGGGUGCCGACUCCAGAGACUGCCCUCCAGCCUCGAGGGCAACUUUGGACCCCGAGCACGUGGCCAGAGUGGCUGAGAGCGCGAAAGCAGCCUUGUCCUUCGCGAGAAGCAGAAAUCCCGCGAUUCGGUGCUUAACUACGAGAGGGACUGUCCUUACAUCCAGUACCUUCACGGUGGAAGAAGACGUCGAUAAGGACGGGCUGACAAGAAACGAUGACAGAAUACUGGCUACGUGCUUGAGCCUCUGCAAGGCGGGUAACAAAGAUCAAGUAAAUGCAGAAGAGGGUCAGCCGCGACGACUGAGAAGGGAGGUCGUGCUGCUAACAGAGGACAGGAACCUGAGGGUGAAGGCUCUGGCCAGGGACGUCCCCGUGAGAGAGGUGCCCGACUUCAUGCAAUGGGCCGGCCUCGGCUGAGACGCUUUUCCGACCAAACACACCCGCUAACGAAAAAUCUCCCGUUACCACCCCCGCCGAGUAAACUUGACCAGCAGCAGCAGCAGCAAGAC